AUGCCGAAAGUAUUCCUCACAGGCGGCAGCGGCUUUAUCGCUGCCCACGUCCUGAACAUAUUGCUUGAGCAUGGAUUUGAGGUCGUGACCACCGUCCGCUCCCAGCAGAAGGGCAACAAGAUCCUCGAGGCCUAUCCCAAGCUAUCUAGAGAGCAAUUGUCGUACGACUGCACGGCUCUGAAGUCUGGGCCUGCCUUCGACUACGUGAUUCACACUGCGUCGCCAUUUCACUACAACUUCACAGACCCAGUCGCCGAGGUCCUGGAACCCGCUGUCAAGGGUACCACUGGUAUUUUGAAGGCCACCAAGGCCUACGUUCCUUCGGUGAAACGAGUGGUCAUCACCUCUUCUUUCGCUGCCAUCACCCAUGCCCCAAACCAUGUGAAGCUCUACGACGAGUCCGUUUGGAACCCUGUUACAUGGGAGGAGGCCACCAAGGACAACAAAUUUACCACAUACAGGGGAAGCAAGACAUUCGCCGAAAAAGCAGCAUGGGAUUUCGUGAAGAAUGAGAAGCCCAACUUUGAUCUCGCAACCAUCAACCCUCCGUUCGUCUUUGGCCCAGUUAUCGGCUACCUGAACAGCCUGGACAGCCUCAAUACCUCCAACGAGAAAAUAAGGGAUUUUGCGCAAGGGAAAUAUAAGCAGGACACAAACCCGACGGAGAAUUCUCUAUGGGUGGAUGUCCGCGACGUGGCCCUAGCCCAUGUCAAGGCCAUUGAGGUCGCAGAAGCAGGCGGCCAGCGAUUCUUCACAGUAGAAGGAUUCUUCAGCCAUCAGGGUCUUGCGGAAGCCAUUCGCGAGACACACCCCAAAUACGCGUCGAACUUGCCCGAGUAUGGCAGCAAAAAGGAAAUCACGUACCUCUUUGAUUUUGAUGCUUCGAAGAGUGUCAAAGUUCUCGGCAUCAAAUACAGGUCGUUCAAGGAGUCUGCCAGCGACACUAUUACUUCACUGAUUAAAGUGGGCCUCUAG